AUGUUGAAAAUAGGAUUGAAGCCGGUGGGCAUGCGUCUUGCGCAGACCCGUCCAAGACUUUCAGCAAUCAGAUUGGCCAGUUCAAAGGCCUCCAACCAAAAUGAACAAGUUGCAGAUGUCUCCAAGAUGCCUUUAAAGACCGUACCAGUUUUAGCCAAAUUCUACGUCCCCCCCGAGCUUCUGAAGGCCCCCAUACUGAAAUGGUUUGGUCUUAUACGCCGUAGAAUGUUUCUCUUUUUGGUUAACACCAUGCAAGUCAGACGGUUCAAGAGUGAGACCAAGUUAAAGGUCACCUUCAAUGAUUGGAAGGAAGAAGCCAUUGAAAAGUUUGUCAAGACCAACAAGGUGUUUGCCAAUGCCUGUAACGCUCCCUUAGAGAAGCGGGCCGGUAUUAUAGAAGAUGGGUUAAGGUUCACCUGUGGUCAAUUCAUGGAAGGAAUCUUAAAGUCCAGAGUUGCCCGGUUCCCAGUUAACUACAAGCUUAAAUGGGAAUUAGUUGAUGUGAUGACCAACCCCAAGGUUGAAGGGUUCUAUGUGAUUCCAGACACAAACGAUGCGUCUGCUUUGAUUCAACUUGUGGUCAAUGUCACUACCAAACAGAAGGUGACCGUUCAAAAGCCUGGUAACCAAUUGGAAGAGAAGGAAACCAUUUCCAAUGAUCAUUUGGUCUAUGGAAUUGACCCCUUCAGCAAAGAAAUGUACUUCAUUGGUAAGCUCUUCCCCAGUGGGUUGGAUGAAGGUGUCCAUCCUGAUCCUGAUGGAUCAGUAGCUGACCAAUUAGCUUUCAGUAAGAAGGCUGCGGAUAUCUUCCGGUCAGAGUAA